AUGAAUGGGAAUUACCCGAAUGAAACGAAACUGAUCCAGCUGAAUUACGAUAAAGUGGAGAUUGGUAAAACGGUAGUAAAGACGAUUGAAAUAUGGAACGAAUCUUCUAAAGAACUAAUGUAUCAGGUUCAAAGAGACCCAACCACCAAUCCUUUGGAUCAUGUCUUUCAUUUACGUUCGUAUACUUGGAUACUAGCACCUAAAGAGAAAUAUACGUGCGAGAUACGUUAUCGGCCGUUUAUCGCAUUUUCAAAAAACGUGGACUAUUUUACUAUCGUCGAUUCCAUUGGAACGUCUACGAAAAUUGUUACCCGUGGAGAUUGCAUUGGUCCGGAAGUGACAUGUUCCGUAACGAAAAUCAUAAUGUUUUCGACGAAUGAGAAUCCUGAACCAAAAUGGCGAAUCAAACUUACAAACAAGUCUAAAGUAGCUGCGACAUUUAUGCUUGCCAUGAACGAAAAGUAUCGACCGUUUCAAUUAGACACGAGAUACGGUUGCAUUAAUGCUUGUUCUUAUAAAUAUGUUUUGAUUACAUUCACUCCGCCAGAAAACGGAUGUUACACGUACUAUUUGCCCGUUUUAAUACUACACCAAGAACCAAUCAUUAUAGAAUUAUAUGGAUACCGUAACUCGUUUUCCAAGAAAAAAACCGAUGCAAGUGACUUUAGUUAUUCUCAUAUAAUGAAAAGUGGCUUUGAAGGGUACAUGAGCGACAGCGUCGAUAUAACAGGAGUCUUGCCUCCACUAUCUUUAUCGAAGAACUAUUUCAAUUUUGGCCGAGCAAACGUAGAAAUGGAAUAUGACAUUCAGAGAAUUCCACAUGCAAUAUGUCUUACCAACCACAGUCAGACCGAUUUAUUAAUCGUGUGGGAAAAAGAUCCCGAUGGAAUCUUCAACGUGACACCGUACGAGGUGCAAGUCCGAGCAGGUCAUUCUGCACUAUGUGAACUUUCGUUCAAUCCCAGUACAGAGAACAAUCUCUUUGGAAGGGAGAUCGUCGGUUCUGUUUUCUCAGAACGCAAGGAAGGAUUGAUCUUUCCAUUCGUUACAACUGUCACAGCAAUAGGUCACUCAUUUCCAGCUUCGUCGAACGGAUGGAUCCCGCAAUACAAAAUACCUCAAACUGUAAUAAUGCCACCGUGUGUGCCACCGUAUCCAGUUUAUACAACGUUCAUGAUCAAAAAGUUCGGUCAUUUACCCCUUAUGUUUCAAUUUGUUUCACCACCAGAGAGUCGUUUCACCGUGAAGCCAAUGCUUGGUGUAAUUUACCAAAAUUAUCAGAUAAUUACGGUUCAAAUGUCACCGAAACCCGAAGAUGCACAAAUUUACAUCGAACGAUGGACAAUAUACUUUAACGGGAGCACGAAAAAUGAGAGUUACAUAGAUAUGAAGGGAUAUGCAGAGUUUGCGAAUAUUCUGUUCUUUAAUAACAACGAAUUAAAUUUCGCACCGGUCAUGCCGCGUUGUCAGCAGUUCGAAAUGUUUGCAAUGCGAAAUAUUACUCGCCACACAUUAAAAUAUACAUUUUAUCAAUUGCCAACGGAACUUCAUAUGCAAUAUGAGAGUGGAGAAAUUGUUCCCAACGAUACUUUCCACCAGGAGUGUAUUUUCCAACCAACCGAGCCAAACGUGAAUUAUGGUUUUGAAUUGCAGUGCGUUUUGAUUGUCAUUAAAAAUGGAAUUACCAUUGGCUUGAAAAGCUGCAUAACUCUGCGAGUUCAAGGAAAGUGCGAAAUGGGAUUAUUAGUGGCGAUUCCGGACGAAUUAAAUUUUGGAGAGAUGGAAUACAAAACUACCAAGAUGCUGAAUUUCGGUCUUUUUAAUUAUAGUAUGGUAAAUAUUUACUAUAAAUUAAUUUGUACCCAUCGUAACUGGCAGCUUGGAGACGUCGAGAGGGACGUAAAAUUACGUCCAGCUUCGGGAACAAUUUUCGCAGGUUCUCAUAAACAAAUUACGAUUUCGAUUACACCGCAUACACCAGGAUAUUACGAAUUGGCUAUCCAGUACUUGCUAAGAGUUAACUCUAGAUCAGAUACCUUGUUAUCUGAGCAAGAACCUACCAGAGUGUCCAAUGUGAGCUGCAUGUGCAUAUUGCCCAUUUUGAAGGUAAGCAACGUGUGCGCAUUCGGAUGCAAUCAAAAAUAUUCGUUGAAUAUAAGCAAACCUUUUUUAUGGAAAUCGAUGCAAAUAAACGAAUUAAACGAAAUUCUAAAAACUAUAUCGCCAGGAGGAAAGAAGACACUGUCUACAGCAUUAUUUCCAAUGAUUAUAAACGAAGGAGCUGUAUUUAUAAAAUUAGUCAUGACGAAUAUUUCUAAAUUGCCUAUUUCAUGGAUGUUUAAAUGGAUCCAUCGAUGCGAUUGUAAACGUACGGUGAAGAAGAUAGAUUUAUCGUUUCAGACGGAAAAGCUUGAUUGCGCUCACCGGACUCUUUGCACCUUGCGCCCAGAAUCGGGCACGUUGGAACCAAACGAACAAGUCAUAAUUACUAUGGAAGUACGAUAUACCUUGAUCGGAAAAUCAGAGAUAUCCUGGGAUUUAGAUAUAGGACACGAUCGUCACGUUAUUUUAAAUGUGUUAAUCGACUGUUUGUCCAAGUCUGAGCAACAAUUCGAUUUCCUAAGUUCCACUUGCUUAAAAUUCGGACGAAUUUACUUCGGGAACAGAGAAGCAAUUCAUAAAACAUAUUGGAUAUGCAACGUUACGAAUUACGAUUUGCCAUGUACCAUAAAUGUCGAUAAUAUUUGUAAACUGAACGAAGCUUAUAAUUGCGAAGUAUUUUCUUGUUUGACUCAAAAUGGUAUCGUGAAAGCUCACGCAGCCAAACCCCUUCUUUUAACAUUCCAACCUAGGAUGUCUGGAGUAUACAAGGUGGCAUUGCCAAUAAUAUUAGGCAAUAAAACAAUGGAAUUAACAUUAGAAGGAGAAACAUCCUACGACUUUAGAUCGACAAUAAUUGGGAAUCCGAUACCAAUUUAUUGUGCCUGUAAAAGCGAAGGGUUCCCUCUAUACUUCAGCACAGAUUGCAUCGAUAUGUGGUCUAUACCUACGUAUAAUAUUAUCGUGAAGAUGCUUAUAGUAUAUAACAAUCUACCAUACGACGCGUUAGCUUACAAAUGGAAGUGCCAAGAAGUACCAGAGAUACUUCAAAUUGAAGUAUUCCCUAGCAAAGGUAUAAUAUGCCCAAAUGCAGUACAGAGUUUCAAGGUGACAAUUUUUACUAAAGGAGAACCGUGCAGAGUCGAUCUCAAUAUACCUUGUGAAUUCUUUAAUGUCGGUGAAAGACGCAACUAUCAAAGAAGUAUCAUCAAAUAUGAUAUUCUUAAAAAAGAAUUGGAAGGACAAUUUACUAUUACGGAAAGAGGCACUAGUGUGCCAGAACCAUGGUUAAAAAUACUAGACAAACCAGAAAUAUUUUGUAAACCAUUGAGUUUUCGUUGCUCCAUAUAUUCUGUAGAAGAUGAAUGUUUAAGAAUCAAUUUAGUGGAGGAAUUAAAAGCUGCUCCGUCACAUGCAAUUCCCUUUGACAAAAAUAGCGAUUGUAACGUUAAAAUGGAAGAAAAUGAAGUUUCUGUGGUCGCAUUUAUUUUGGAAGGAUUAUUAUGGGAUAUUCUUAAUAGUAAAAAAUUUAUGAAAACUGUUGAAGAAAGUUUAAUACCUGGAAGAAAUUUGUAUUAUUCACAAUUCACAAUGGAUCUUUUCGAGCGAAAGAAAUUAAUACAGAGAUCUUAUGUAUCACCGCCACUGACAUUUAUUAACUCUAUAUUAGAAGAAAUAUUAUAUAUCAUAGUACACGAAGAAUUCUCUUUAGAAACAGUACAUUUAAUUCCUAAAGAAGACAUAAGGCAUGUUAAUUACCUUAAAACUAAAUUAAACAAAGUCCAUAUUAAACAAGGUAAUAAUUUGUUCGACAAGGAAGAAAUAAAUUACAUGAAAGCAACAUCUAAAGUAUCUUUUGUAAAUUGA